GCGCGCCGCAGCGGGAGGGGGUGGCGGCAGAUCCCGUAAGUCGGGCGGCCGCGUAGUAGCUGCAGCCUCCGCCGCCGCAGCCACAUUCAACAGGCAGCAGCGCCGUGGUCGCGCCGCCGAGGACAGCGAGCCACCCGCGGUGUCCGUCAGCUGUCCGGACCGCGGGCUUUGUCAGCAGGAGCGCGGCGCCGGUGCUGCCCGAGCCCGGCGACUCUGGCCUGCCGUCCCGUCGGUGCAGCGGACCCGGAGGAGUCUAGUUGUUGAUGGACUCGUGAAGUUAAGUUCUGGGCUCGCGCUUCCACUCGGCUGCGCCUUCCUCGCGGUUUCCGUCCGCUCGCGGCACCGAUCUCGCCCCCAAUCUCGGACCAGCUCUUCGCGCCCCUCCCCCGGGGCCCCCGGUCCUGCGCUCUACCCCUUCUUGGUUCUCCCGGGCUGGGGGAGGGGCGGGGGUCACCAUGGCCGAAGCGCCCCAGGUGGUGGAGAUUGAUCCGGACUUCGAGCCGCUGCCGCGGCCACGUUCGUGCACCUGGCCGCUGCCCAGGCCGGAGUUUAGCCAGUCCAGCUCGGCCACCUCCAGCCCGGCGCCGUCGGGCAGCGCGGCCGCGAACUCCGACGCCGCCGCGGGCCUGCCCUCGGCGGCCGCUGUCAACGCCGACUUCAUGAGCAACCUGAGCCUGCUGGAGGAGAGCGGGGACUUCCCGCAGGCGCCUGGCUCCGUGGCGGCGGCGGCCGCGGCGGCGGCGGCGGUGGCGGCGGCGGCCGCCGCAGCUGCUGCCACCGGGGGGCUGUGCGGGGACUUCCAGGGCCCAGAGGCGGGCUGCCUACACCCGGCGCCGCCGCAGCCCCCGCCUCCCGGGCCGCUGUCGCAGCACCCGCCUGUGCCCCCCGCCGCCGCCGCCGCCGGGCCGCUGGCUGGGCAGCCGCGCAAGAGCAGCUCGUCCCGGCGCAACGCGUGGGGCAACUUGUCCUACGCCGACCUCAUCACCAAGGCCAUCGAGAGCUCGGCCGAGAAGCGGCUCACGCUGUCGCAGAUCUACGAGUGGAUGGUCAAGAGUGUGCCCUACUUCAAGGAUAAGGGCGACAGCAACAGUUCGGCGGGCUGGAAGAAUUCAAUUCGUCAUAAUCUGUCACUGCACAGCAAGUUCAUCCGUGUGCAGAAUGAAGGAACUGGAAAAAGUUCUUGGUGGAUGCUCAACCCAGAAGGAGGCAAGAGUGGAAAAUCCCCCAGGAGAAGAGCUGCGUCCAUGGACAACAACAGUAAAUUUUCUAAGAGCCGAGGCCGAGCCGCCAAGAAAAAAGCAUCCCUCCAGUCUGGUCCAGAGGGUGCCGGGGACAGCCCGGGGUCUCAGUUCUCUAAGUGGCCUGCCAGCCCUGGUUCUCACAGCAAUGACGACUUUGAUAACUGGAAUACAUUUCGCCCUCGAACUAGCUCAAAUGCUAGUACUAUUAGUGGGAGACUGUCUCCCAUUAUGACUGAACAGGAUGAUCUUGGAGAUGGUGAUGUGCAUUCAAUGGUGUACCCACCCUCCGCUGCAAAGAUGGCUUCUACUCUGCCCAGUCUGUCAGAGAUAAGCAAUCCUGAAAACAUGGAAAACCUUUUGGAUAAUCUCAACCUCCUGUCAUCACCACCGUCAUUAACUGUUUCAACCCAGUCUUCACCUGGUGCCAUGAUGCAACAGACACCAUGCUACUCGUUUGCACCGCCAAACACCAGCCUGAAUUCACCCAGCCCAAACUACCAAAAAUAUACCUAUGGCCAAUCCAGCAUGAGCCCCUUGCCCCAGAUGUCAAUGCAAACACUUCAGGACAAUAAAUCGAGCUAUGGAGGAAUGAAUCAGUAUAAUUGUGCACCAGGACUCUUGAAGGAGUUACUUACUUCUGACUCUCCUCCCCAUAAUGACAUUAUGGCACCCGUUGAUCCUGGGGUGGCUCCGCCUAACAGUAGGGCCCUGGGCCAAAAUGUGUUGAUGGGCCCUAAUUCGGUCAUGCCAAGCUACGGCAGCCAGGCAUCUCAUAACAAAAUGCUGAACCCCAGCUCCCAUUCCCACCCUGGACACGCCCAGCCAACCUCUGCAGUUAAUGGCCGUGCCUUGCCCCACGCAGUGAACACCAUGCCCCACACCUCGGCUAUGAGCCGCCUGGCCCCGGUGAAGACCGCUCUUCCAGUGCCUCCGCCUCACCCCGUGCAGAUGAGCGCCCUUGGCGGCUACUCUUCCCUGAGCAGCUGCAACGGCUAUGGCAGGAUGGGCAUCCUCCACCAGGAGAAGCUCCCGAGCGACUUGGACGGCAUGUUUAUUGAGCGCCUGGACUGUGACAUGGAGUCCAUCAUUCGGAACGACCUCAUGGAUGGAGACACUUUGGAUUUUAAUUUUGACAAUGUGUUGCCCAACCAAAGCUUCCCACAUAGUGUCAAGACGACAACACACAGCUGGGUGUCAGGCUGAGAGUGCGUUACUGAGCAGGCUAUACUUAAAAGUACUUCAGAUUGUCUGACAGCAGGAACUGAGAAGAAGUCCAAAGAUGUCCUUCAUCCCAUCUUUUCAUUUUCUUGAUUUAAAAAAACACACACCAAAAAUCUUUUUUAUUUUAUUUUUCUUUCGUCAGACUUGGCAGCAAAGACACUUUUCCUGUACAGGAUGUUUGCCCAGCGUUUGCAGGUUAUGUGCUGCUGUAGAUAAGGACUGUGCCAUUGGAAAUUUCAUUACAAUCAAGUGCCAAACUCACUACACCAUGCAACUGCAGAAAAGACUUUCAGAUCCUGGUGUGCUUUCAAGUUUUGUAUAUAAGCAGUAGCUACAGAAUUGUAUUUGUGUGUGUUUUGUUUUUUUAAAUAUCCAUUUGGUCCAAGGAAAGUUUAUACUCUUUUUGUAAUACUGUGAUGGUCUCCUGUCCUUGGUAAGUUAAACUUCUGUUUGUACUACCUGUGUUCCGCUGAACUGAUGAGUCACAGAGAACCAAGCUCUCCAUUCUGCACCUUCGUUGAACAGCUUUGAACCUGUUCAUUUCGCCACAUAAUUCACAUGAGAACCAGUAAUCUGUCAUCAAUCUGCUGAAUUAAUGGACUUGUCAAACUCUUUUGAAAAAACAAAAAACAAAAACAGAGUAAACACCAGCCUUGUACAGGUCUUUUCUAUUUUUUGUUGUCUAUUUUGUUAUUUGCAAAUUUGUACAAACAUAUAAAUGGUUCUAAUUUCCAGAUAAAUGAUUUUUGAUGUUAUUGUUGGGACUUGAGAUCAUUUUUGGAAUAGAUAUUGAACUGUAAUGUUUUCUUAAACCUAGAGUAUACUUUGUUACAGUGUACUUGUAAAUUUGUAGAAUUCCAGAUAUUUGAGACAGCAUCCAUAAUUUUCAUUUUGUAUUCUAACUGGAUUAGUACUAAUUUUGUACGUGCUUAACUGGUUUGUACACUUUGGGAUGCUGCUUGGUGAUGUUUCUGACUAAUCUUAAAAUCAUUGUAAUUAGUACUUGCAUACUCAAUGUUUCUGGCCCUAUUUUGGCAGGAGAGUGAUGUACAGUUUAAGGACAUUUUACGUUUCAUGUUUAGGAGAACUUGAUAGGUUUUUAUGUAUGUAUUUUAAAGAAAUCAUAUCUGCUAUUACUCUGUGAACUAAGCAUACUGCAUAGCAUUGAGUCUUCUAUAGAUACCUGUCUGCUCGUCGUGGCAGUUACUCCUGGGAGGCCUUGUGAUGUUUGUAGGUCAGGAAGGGAGCUCUGCAUCUAACACAGUACUCCUUUCUCAAACUGGGGCUUUUAAUCAACAGCCAUUUUAAGUUGAGCUUCAACAAAUGUUUCCCCUCAUAAUUCUGUGCUUCUGUGUUGGUCUAGGUGGAGGUUGGGUUGUAGUUCUGCCUUGAAGGGGUAUGUUAACACUCACACUUCAUGGUUCUUUCCCUCUGUCUUGCAGAUUACAUAGCACACUAUGGAGAGAGUAAGUCAAAGGCGGGGGAUUUAGAAAUGUGACUUCAGUGAUUUGUAGGAUGCUUUGUGUUCAUGAGUACAGAUGGCUACCAAAUAGGAAAGAGCCUGUUUAAAAACUGGGGCAAUUAAUUUGAAAAUCAACAAACCAGGUAUACGUUGUAUAUUUGAAUUCUUUUAAAAGGCCUUUGCAUAGGAUAAGGAUUUCUUUAGCCUUUAGCAACCUAAACUAUAAUUCUGAUCAUUAGGUUUUAGUAUUUUCCAAUUACCUUUAACUGACAACUCAAUUGGCUUUGUGUCCCACCUACAGUGUUGGUAUUUUCAAGUCGUGUGGAUGCCUGAAGUCAGCAAAAUAAAAUGAACAGCUGAACAAAAAUGUUCCUCUUGCCUGCCGGAGAAGGUUCUGAUUUCUAUGUACUUGGCCCAGAUCACAUUUGCUUUGUCUUGUCUGUGAAUUGCAUCUCUGUUGGCUUGGUUUUUCCUACAUGUUUAACAAGAAUAUAAGUGUCCCUGAUAGAUUUCCUAUAGGAGGCCAGCUCUAUGGUAAGCCGCCCACUAUAACUUCUAUUUUGGAAAUUCAUUGAACAACCACCUAUCUAGCUAUCUUCAUUGUUGGACACUCCAAAAUAUGUCUGGUUUUAGAUAUCCUAGUGCCUCUCAGCAGAGCCUCCUGCAUAUGGAACAGAACCUGUUGGUGCAGAGUACUCGUGUUUCUGUUACCACUGCUACCACUUCUCCUCCCAUGCCAUUACACAGGAGCCUCAGCGACAGCGACCGCUAGCAUCGCUAUUAGCAUCUUUCUGCUUCACAGUGUGACUUUAAAAAUGAUGUUUCUUCCUCCCACAUCUGUGAAAUACCUUUUUUUUCCUUUCAAUUUUUUUCUUUAUGUUGAAAUUCUGACAUGAAUCCUGGGUAGCUAGCUCUCUGGGGUACAAUGAACUCCAGUGAAAGGCACCUCGUCUAUUUUGAAAACAUUAUGUGACCCUCUGGUGAUUCUUUUUCUGUACAAAUACUGACUUUCUAGAGUAAUUAGUCUAUCAGUUAUUGUACAUGAUUGCUUUGUGAAAUGUGCAAAUGGUAUCACCUAUGCAGCCUUGUUUGAUUUAUUUUCCUUGGUUUGUACUGUUAUUAAAAGCAUAUUGUAUUAUAGAGCUAUUCAAAUAAUUUUAAAUAUAAAGUAUUGUUUCUGUAAUAUAGGCGUAUGCAAUAUAUUUAGGUAAUAGACAUAUUACAUGGAAAGUUCUGCCUUGACAAACCGCCAGUCUAAAUUAAUUAGCAAAUGUUACAUCCCAGCAAGCAGUGAGUCAGUGGGACGUCCCAAGAAGAGAAGACGCUUGAAAUGGAAACGGUUCUCCAAAGGUAUACAUUUACCCUUGCUCAGCUGCUGGGUUCAUGCUCCCAUCCCCCACGAAAUUUUUACACCCAGCUCUUAAGAGUUCUUAAUUUAUAACUGACUUUUAAAUGAGAAGUUUCUCUUUUGGUUUUAGUUUGGGAGUAAUCAUUCAGUAGAGAGACGCAAUGUGGUUUAUGCAAACAAAGCUGCUGGGCGUGACUCUUGGCCUCCUCCUUGAGGGCGGUGCCCAGCCUGGCAGUGUGGCCAGGUGUGGCCAUGUGAGUCCUGUCAGGACGUAGUCAUGCUCUCCUGCGUUUUGCUACUUGAGUUUAGUAACAGUGCAGAUUCCAUGGAUUCCAUGUUCCUGUUCCAAUACUCUGAGAAGUGCCUGAUGAUGCUGAUGUACUACAGACACAAGAACAAUCUUUGCUAUUACUGUAUAAAGCCAUAAAUGUACAUACGUUGUGUUUAAAUGGUUUGGUGUCUUUCUUUCCUAAUUGUGCAGAAUAAGCUCUUUAUUAGUAUUAAAAAAUGUUUUGCUAUCA